GCAUUCGACACGAUGGCAACGCCCGAGGCCGAGACGACGACGUACGAGCUCGACGCGACGGAGCUGGCGCUUGCGGAAUGGAUCAAGAAGCGCAGUGCCAAGGAAGCCAAGCGGCUCCAGAAGAUGGGCGUCAAGUGCAUUCCGCUUGGUGUCAAGAACAUGGCGAUCGUCCGCGAAGACAACGACGUGGUCCUCAACCGCGUUGAAGUGGACACGGCCUUCUCCAUGAACCUCAUCGAGCAGAUCAUGGUCGCCGACGAGCGGCGCGACGUGCCCGACAAGGCCGGGUACGUGUACGUCAAUGUGCUCUUGCUCGCCAAGCCGGCGUCGGCGACCAAGCAGCCCGUCGCGCUGGUCAUGCCGUACGUCUACGACGCCAGCGUCACGGCCAAUACACUCACGCAGUGGGUCUUUAUCAACAACGAUUUCGAACGCUCGCAGCACAUUGUCGAGGCCUACACCUAAUCUAACUCCAUUAUCCUC